ACGUAAUUUUUUCGCCGAGUUUUUUCACAAAAUGUUUUGUUAACUUUAUCAAAUGUUGGAAAAAUUAAGAAUAUUAUUUUACGUUUUUUUAACUCUGUUCAUACCUUAUGUACUUCAAGAAUACAUAUCGGCGAUACUUAUAAGCAAAGUAAGGAGUUGCAACUGCAGAUACUGUGAAAAUUAAAAGAUGGAAGUCCCGUUAUUGUUAUUAUUUGUUAUCAAUUUGGGUUGUGUUUUAUCGGAGAUUUCUCUUCGGUUUGUCUUCAUCACGGAAGUCCACGAUUCAGACCUGGCCCACCAGAUAGGGCGAGCGUUGAGGAAUGCCGAGGAACAGAGGUCAGGUGUCAAGAUAAGCGAUUAUAUGGUCCAGCUGGACAGAGAGAACGAAGACGAAAGCUAUAGGAGGCUAUGCUCAGGAGUGUCCAAAGGCGCGUCUCUCGUUAUCGACCUGUCCUGGGCGCCUUGGGACAUGGCAGAACAGCUGUGUGCCGAGUCAGGGUUACCACUUGUCCGGACAUCGCUUGGUUCGCAGCAGCUGGUGGCAGCAUUGGACGAAUAUCUAGAAAGCAGGAACGCCACUGAUGCUGCUAUUCUUUUGGAGAGUGAGAGCGAUGUAGACAAAACGCUAUACGAACUGCUGGGGAGGUCCAACGUGCGUCUAUGGGUCCACGCAGGACUCACCAGGGAUUCUGCCAAGGCACUGAAGAGCAUGAGACCAGAGCCAAGCUUCUUCGUCAUCGUCGGCGAGAGCGGAUUUUUGAUGGACACUUACAGACGCGCUGUAAAAGAGAAGCUAGUCCGCCGCGACUACCGCUGGAAUCUGGUCCUCACAGACUAUUCAGGAGACUCAAUUGACGUCAACCAGCUGCCCCUCCCAACUAUGAUACUGCAUGUAGACCAAGUGGAGUGCUGCAGACUGCUAGGGUUGAGGGAGGAGUGCAGCUGCCCUUCUGAUUUGAAGAGGAAACAACUCAUUAUCAACGCUCUUGUACUCUAUUUAUCGGAGACAUACUCCAAGCUUGAGAGAGAACUGCCUGUAUUGAGUACCAAGGUGGACUGCGACAAUGUCCUGGCUUCAGAGAUGAAUGUGACCAGGGAUCGGUUGGUCAGGCAGUUCGGUGAAGAUGUGGAGAUCAAUAACGACACGCUGUUCUAUUGGGAUGAUGAUAGGUCCGGUCUUUUCCUCCGGUCCUCCUUCGUCCUCUCCGUAUACAGACCAGACUCGGGCCUGGAGACGGUAGCGAGCUGGUCUGCUAAUGACGAGUACAAACUGCUGCCUGGAGUCACUUUGGACUCUCUGAAGUUGUUCUUUCGGAUUGGAACUUCUCCGGCUGUACCAUGGACGCUACCGAAGCUAGACCCAGAGACAGGGGAGCCUGAAGUGAAUGAGGACGGGCAACCAGUUUACGAGGGGUACUGCAUCGAUCUUAUAUCCAAACUGGCAGAGACAAUGGAAUUUGACUACGAGAUAAUAACUCCAAAAUCUGGCAGUUUCGGGAAGAAACUGCCGAAUGGAUCUUGGGAUGGAGUGGUUGGUGAUUUGAUGAGAGGGGAAACCGAUCUUGCUGUGGCCGCAUUGACAAUGACUGCAGAGAGGGAAGAAGUCAUCGACUUCGUCGCUCCAUACUUUGAGCAAACUGGUAUUCUAAUUGCGAUUCGCAAGCCGAUCCGCAAGACUUCUCUCUUCAAGUUCAUGACGGUGUUAAGGACAGAGGUGUGGCUGAGCAUAGUAGCGGCUCUGGUACUGACUGGACUCAUGAUCUGGUUGCUGGACAAAUACUCGCCAUAUUCCGCAAGGAAUAACCCUCAGGCUCACCCUUAUCCCUGCAGGGAAUUCACUCUCAAAGAGAGUUUCUGGUUCGCCCUCACCUCUUUCACCCCCCAAGGAGGGGGGGAGGCUCCCAAAGCGCUAUCAGGAAGAACCCUCGUGGCUGCAUACUGGUUAUUCGUAGUGCUAAUGCUGGCCACCUUUACGGCUAAUUUGGCUGCGUUCCUUACCGUGGAGAGAAUGCAGACUCCAGUGUCAUCAUUGGAGCAGCUAGCAAGGCAGUCGCGCAUCAACUACACAGUGGUCGAAGGAUCCACCAUCCACCAGUACUUCAUCAAUAUGAAGUUCGCUGAAGACACAUUGUACAGGGUGUGGAAGGAGAUUACCCUAAACGCGACGUCCGAUCAAGCGCAGUACCGAGUCUGGGACUACCCGAUCAGGGAGCAGUAUGGGCACAUUCUCUUGGCUAUCAAUGCUUCAGGGCCAGUGCCAGAUGCAAAGACAGGGUUCGAGCAAGUCAACGAGCAUACGGACGCAGACUUUGCAUUCAUCCAUGACUCGGCUGAAAUCAAGUACGAAGUCACCCGCAACUGCAACCUAACAGAAGUAGGCGAGGUGUUCGCAGAGCAGCCGUAUGCUAUCGCAGUGCAGCAAGGAUCUCGGCUACAGGAACACUUGUCCAGAGCUCUGCUGGACUUGCAGAAGGAACGGUUCUUGGAACAGCUAGCUUCCAAGUAUUGGAACGAAUCGGCUCGCCAAGCUUGUCCUGAUGCAGACGAGUCUGAAGGCAUCACCCUGGAGAGCUUGGGCGGAGUCUUCAUAGCCACCCUUUUCGGCCUUGGCCUUGCCAUGAUAACGUUAGCUUGGGAAGUAUUCUACUACAAACGCAAAGAACGAAACAAGAUUCAAGGCAUAGACGCUAAAGUCGAAAAGGCAGCUUUUGUAGACCCUAAAAAGAAAGACAAACUCGGUGUGAGACUUCGUAAGGGCAAAACUAAGGUAGCCAAGCUGGAUGUGGUAGGGAAAGGGAAGGGAGUGACUAUAGGGGAUACUUUUAAGCCGGCUGCUGAGAAAAUGGGCGUGUCUUAUAUUAGCGUUUAUCCUAAAGGAGAAUAUAGACCUUGAAACGUAGUAUUAGGGUAGGUAGUUGCCAGCACCAAUCAACUGCAUUUUAAGGCGUCAUCUUACUUUAACUUUCUCUGUCAAACUUCAUACAAAAAGCACUGGUCAUUGUUAUUGUUACGGUUAAUUAAGGUGGUGCAACAGCCUAAGUUAACUUGUCAAUCUUUUCAGUUCGUUUUUACGUAGUCGGGUUUUUUGUUUUCUUUUGGUAGCCUUUCGAACUAAGCGUCACAGACGCAGCGCCUUUAGCUUGGGU